AUGGAGAACUUCCAAACCAAUUUCAAUUCCAACACCACAUCAGCAAACGAAGCAUUGAAGAGUCUGGGUUCUCUCUUCAAAACUGAGAAGACGAAACUCCAAGAGAUUCGUACUGGUCUUAAAACUGACCAUGAAUCCUUUCAAGCCACUAUCUCGUCUCAGUUUUCUCAGCUUAAAGACAAACUGGUGAAGGAGAGUACCCUGAAGGACUCUCUCGCUCUCAAGUCAGAAGAAGCCAAGGUGUUAAGUACCAACCUUGACGCUUCGGAGAAGCAGUUAAGAAUUACCGGGAGAAGGGAUCGAGAUGGAAGGACAUAUAACCUACCAACUGCUUCUGAGGUUUCCGCUUUAAUUGUAGGUGACAUUUGUGAUUCAGUUGAAAAUAGAGAUAUCGUUUUUCAAACAAACUCGGGAUUUCUACAACGUAUCAGUGAAUUGCAUCCUUCUUACCUUCCUCUCCAAUAUCCGCUAUUAUUUCCAUAUGGGGAUGAAGGUUACAUCGUUGAUAUUCUUCAUAGAGGUGUUACAUCUACAACCAACAGCAAGCGCGCGAAAUGUACAAUGAGAGAAUUUUUCGCUUUUAGAAUUCAAGACAUGGAUCAUUCGUUCUCAUUGAUUCUUAAUUCAAAAAGGUUGUUUCAACUAUUUUUGGUAGAUGCGUAUACUAUGAUUGAAAGUGAGAGAUUGUAUUACAUACGUAGGCAACAAUAUGUUCUUAGAUGUGAGUCUUAUGAGAAUUUAUGUAACAAAAAAGCUCAAGGAACUACAAAUAUCUCCAACGUCGUCCAACGUGUGAUAUUACCUUCAUCUUUUACUGGUGGUGCGCGCUAUAUGCUGCAAAACUAUUUGGAUGCCAUGCCGCCAUGUAAAUGGUUUGGAUAUCCUGAUUUCUUCAUAACCUUUACGUGUAAUCCCAAAUAG